GAGCAGGCCCGGGUCUCCGCGGAGGGGUGCGGCUCCGCGAGCGAAGCUCCCCGACCUUUUUGACCUUUGCGUUGCCCCCUCGUCCUCCGACGUCACUCUCCCGGAGAUGGAGUCUGGGGUGGCCUCUAGGCCUUGAAUAUGUCCCCAAAAGAGUAAGGAGGCCUGGGUCCCCAUGCGGGGCCAUCGGCCUAGAUGCCUUGCCCGCGUUCUAGGGGAUUGUCUGGGACCGGGAGGUGGAGGAUGAAAGUUUAGUUCUCCCAGCCGGGCCUGGGAGUUGGCGGAACGUCAUGGGGUGCAUGUGAGAAUUUGGGGUUCGCGAAAUGGUGCCCGGCAGCCCGGAUUCUGCAUUCCCGCCACGAGAGAGCGUAACUGACGUUGACGUGUUUCACAGGGAAGGUGCCAGGGAUGGCCGGGGUCCGGCGCUGGUUUGUUUUGCGUUGUGUUUUAUUUCUGGUGGUGUUCCCAUAUCUAUUAGUUCCACCGCCCUUCUCUGUCCCAUCUGUGGUUCACCAGCUAUAAACUCUCCUUUAGUAUGCGAGAAGGGAAGGCCAGAGGUAACCAGAGGUCUUUUCCCUUACGAAUUCCAAGACGGCCUUCUCUUCACCCAAAUUCUUUCCUUCUGGGCAAGUGGAAGCUGUUGGUUAAGAACUUCCCAACGACAUCAAAUCAAUGACCGAGAAAAGAUUAGAACCUAAAUCUUCACAUUCCCACUGCGGUGCUCUUUCCAUCGUUGUAUGCGGUCAAAACCAACUCCGAAAGAGCUUAGGCCAGCGCCUGGCACCCAGGAGAUGUUCAAGCUGUAUUAUAAAGCGAUACUGUGAGAAAAGAUUUGUGUCUAAAUACCUGGCAACAAUUGGAAUUGACUAUGGAGUUACAAAGGUACACGUCAGAGACAGAGAAAUCAAAGUUAACAUCUUUGAUAUGGCUGGACAUCCCUUCUUCUAUGAGGUUCGAAAUGAGUUUUACAAGGACACACAGGGUGUGAUACUGGUCUAUGAUGUUGGGCAGAAAGACUCCUUUGACGCCCUUGAUGCAUGGCUGGCAGAAAUGAAGCAAGAGCUUGGACCUCAUGGAAACAUGGAAAAUAUUAUAUUUGUAGUUUGUGCCAACAAGAUUGAUUGUACCAAACACCGCUGUGUAGAUGAAAGUGAAGGACGUCUUUGGGCUGAAAGCAAAGGGUUCCUGUACUUUGAAACUUCAGCACAAACUGGAGAAGGCAUUAAUGAGAUGUUCCAGACCUUUUAUGUAUCCAUAGUUGAUGUAUGUGAAAAUGGCGGGAAACGCCCUACCACAAAUAGCAGUGCUAGUUUCACCAAAGAACAAGCAGAUGCCAUUCGCAGAAUUCGAAAUAGUAAAGACAGUUGGGACAUGCUGGGAGUCAAACCUGGGGCCUCAAGGGAUGAAGUCAAUAAAGCGUAUCGGAAACUUGCUGUGCUUCUUCACCCUGACAAAUGUGUAGCACCUGGCAGUGAAGAUGCCUUCAAAGCAGUUGUGAAUGCUCGGAUAGCCCUCCUGAAAAACAUCAAGUAGAAAGUAGAGAAAAAAGCCACGUGUGGGACUCAAAUGCAAACAGACUUUCCCUAGAGGUGAAAUAACCAACAUGGAGUUUUCCUUCCCAGAAUCUCACUGCUCUUUUCAUUCAUGUGUUGUCAUUUGUAUAUCAGUAAAUUCAGGUGCCCAUUUCAUAGACAUUUUACUGAGAAAUGAUCUUUAUUUGUAUGAAGUGAAGAGAACUGAGCAUCGCUUACUUCAUUUCAUAUUUCUAGAUAAUCUGAAUUUUUUCUCAUUCGUCAGCUCUGUAAUUAUAGUAUCCCUUAGACAUUUCACUUGGGGAAAUCCACGAGGUUCCUGGAGGGAGGGAAGAGAGGACAAGAGGACCCUUUCACUUUUUGUUUUUUACUGAAUUCAUCAUCAGAGAAGAAAAUAACAAAAAUGGAAGCAAACAACAUCAGAAUCCCUGUAAGUUUGGUGUGACCUUACAGACAAGUUACUGCUUUUACGAUGAGUUCCUUAGGUGGUAUUUUAACCAUCAAUCUAUAAUAAUGACUCUUAGCAGCCCUUUGGGAGUUUGUAAAAUGAGGUGAUACAGUUCUGAAUAACCAUCAAUCUAUAAUAAUGACUCUUAGCAGCCCUUUGGGAGUUUGUAAAAUGAGGUGAUACAGUUCUGAAUUGAGCAGUCCUUUAUGAUAUUCACUCUGUUCCUCUUCUGCAGCCACCAGGGGGAGAGACAAGCCAGUCCUAAGAGAAAAGGUGGUGGUAGCCACAAAUUCUAGGUACACUGGCUGCUCCUCAUCCUGUCCCUGGAUCUGAGGCCUUUCCCUUGCCAUAGAAAUGGUUGCUGGUAGCAGUAGAGAGCAUUGUGCACCUGGGAAUGAGGAAUCAGGCCCCAAGACAGAAGUACUUGCAGGAGCUAGGUGCAGUAGUAUCCGCCUGUAGUCCCAGCUACUCAGGAGGCUGAGACAGGAGGAUUGCUUGAGCCCAGGAGCUCAAGUCCCACCUGGGCAACAUAGUAACACCUUGUCUCUUAAAAAAAAAAAAAAAAAGAAAGAAAGAUACUUACAAGUCACACUUGAAGAUUAUGCACAUCAGCAGAGGAAAAGGCCAGCCAAGCUCGGGCAAGCUUGAUGCAGGAGGAGAGACUCCCUGUGAGGCUUAGCCCUUGUCUUAUUGCCAGCCUUUGCCACAGGCAGGUGAGAAAGCCAAGGCCACUCCUCAGCAAAGCUGGCCUCUUCUGCACUUCCUUACCAGUGUUGUUUCUUCCUUUUUUCCCCUCUUCCCCUUCCCCUCUUGUGUUUUUUCUGAACCCCACAUCUGCCAUCGUUUCUCUCCUCUUGAGUCCCUGGCUUCUGGCCACUGCCUCCUCCCUCUUCUAAGCCUUGACCUGAACCUGGUUGACCAGACACAAGUGUGGAUCCUUUGGGUGGCAGUCAGGGGAGAUCUCAGGGCCUUUAUUGGGAGGAAUCUCUGUAAUUCCUGCUUGGGCUCCAAAUUUCUGAAGAGUAGUAUUUUUAAACUAUAGCUUACAAAAUACAUUCUCUGGCUACAGUCUCCUCCUUGGUAUAUAAGGGAUGGAUGAAGUUCCCGUAUUAGGACUGGCACUCCUUACGGUGCUUAUAGAACCAGUCUCACCACUUGACUUAUUACGUCAUCACUCUUGCUACAUCAUAUUUUUAGCUACAACCACAUUAACUAACAUUUUUAUAUACUUUCAAUUAGCUGUACUAAUUGGGGCUUGAAAGUAUAUAAAAUCUUCCUAUCCUGUGGAUUUUAAAAAGCUAUCCCAUAUGGAUUGCCAGAGAGCAUCUACCUUACCACCUAAGAAGAAAAGCCACUCUCUUCCAAUCCAAGCCCACUGCAGUCUUGUGGAUUUUCCACACAGCAGCUUUUCACUGUAUGCCUGUACUCGUGCUGCACUGAGCUUGUCAUCAGGAAACCAGAACAUUGCUUUAUCAUAGCACUUUUCAUCUUGGUAAUAUCAAAACAACUUUUUAAAUGAACUGAUUGAUAUAUGUUAUUUCUUGCGAGAUUUUCCUCUGGCCUUUAACUGGCUUCUGAGGCUACAGAACUCCAACCCAGAGUUCUUCAGGACCUAAAUUUUGCUUAAGGAAGGCCUUUAUCAUGCUGAAAGCACUCAGACACGUCUGGCCUCACAGCAGAAUGUAGAAGUCAUAUGAAUGAGGGAUCAUGCAUGGUAGUGUCAGCCCAAAUUGACGUGACAACUCACUGAAUAUGUGGCCCUGUAUAAAAGCUGGUAUUAGUUUUCAUCACUGUUAUUACAUAAUAGAUUGGGAACCUCAUUCAACCAUAUUGCACAGAUGAGCAAUUAUAGCAGAGAAAAUUCAUUAGUGCUUCCAUUCAUAUCCUUAUGUGUGAGUUGGUGAAAUUUAGCCUGAGCUUGAUUCUUAGGUCUUGGGACUCAGUUUCCAACCUUCAUAUUAAUGCUAAGAAUGGCCAUAUACCUCUUUAUUUACAUAAAAGGAAUAAAAGAAGCAAGUGAAGCUUCAGGGUCCUAGAAUUGUUCUGACUUCUGUGAGCCUUCGGCAGAACGUGAAGAAAUAACAAAGCAUGAGCUCAAUGGAAAGGGUUUUUUGGCGCUAACUUCAUGCAAAAUUUCACAGACAUCUAUGCAUUAAUUUAAAUUCUUGGUGCAAAUGUGUGCUUUGUAGUUCAACCUUAUUAAAAAUUCUUCAGCCAGUUAGGAUUUCAAAAUACAUUAGUGAGAGUAACAGCUAGCAGAAUAAUUACAAUGGCUAAAACAUUUUUAUAGAGGAUCUUGUUUUUCAAAAAAGAAUAAAAAGUUUGAAUAGCUAUUGUUAAAGAAAAGCCAUGUCUUCAACAUCUGAGUCACCAAGAAGUAACACUUUUUAAACUUGUUAGAAAUCCCUGGAGGCAUUUUAAAUUCAUCUUCUAACCUACCUAAGCACUUUAAAAUACAGCCUCCUUCUGUUCCUGUGUUCCCCUUCAUGCCUCCUUUUGAAUUGAUAUCUCAGCUGUCAAUAUUUCUUUGACUUCAGCAUUGUCAUUUUAUUUCUCUAUAUCAAUGUAUCCUUAGUUUUAUUAGCCUGUUAAUUUAAAAGUCCAGACUUGGGGGUCAUUGUGUUGCUACCCAAGAGAAAAUGUUACAGUUCUAUAGAUUGCACAUCAUUCUUUAAGGCAUACAUUUACCUCAGGAAACUUACUCUAAUAUGUUCUCAUAUAUUGAAUUCUCAACUAAGUAACUAUUUCUUUAUACCUAUAAACUAGUACCUAAUUCACUGUUAGUUAAACGAGCCAUAGAUAAGGCAGCUAAAUUUCUGAAAGAUAGCCAGAGUAAGUAAGCAGCCACUGCAAGUUCUGAAUCAGUUUCAAAAAAAAAUAAAAAAAAGGAGCUGCUCCCCAUAGAACAAUGACAGCAUCACAAGGGGAAGGGAGGGAUUUUGCCAAAAGUUAGAAAGGGUGGAGCUGUAAGCCACGUGCAUGUUGCCUUUGACAGUGACAGUGCCCCCUUACAACUAAUUCCACUAGGCAUGGGAAUGUCACCUCCUUUGCCACUGUACCCCAUCAAGUUUACUCUGAAUCAAAGUUUUUGUAAAACUUGAAAAUGAACUUAGCUGCAAAAUAUAGCUAACCACCUUUCAUUGCAAGCUUUGCAAAGCAAAGAGAGGUUCGUACUUCUCAUAAUUGGUAUUUAGCACAAUUGUAAGACACAGUUUUACCGUUUGUACAUUGUUUUUUUCCAUUAAACUUUUCUAGAGAAGACAAAAGCUGACACUUUUGACAUGGAUAAGUGAGAUGGUGUCUAACAAGCAGUGCAAUAUUAGGCGAUGCAAUAGAGGCCCUGUUGGCGAGAUGAGUUUUGCUGGAGAGCUGGACAGUGUUGGUUAGCUUCCUGCAUUGAUUGCCCCUGGGCAUUCUUCCCCCUUAACUGUGAAAGCAGAGUCUAUAAAUGAACUCUUUGCUCUUACAAGGUAAUUUACAUACUUUCUUUCUGUUGAAAUAACUGAAAAUGUUAAAUCUACCAGUUGUUUAUGUCUUGUAAACAGAGUGUCAUAUGUAUUUAAGUUGUGUAUUUUUAUAAAGUAAAGCCAAAUAUCAA